CCCUCCCCUCCUGGAGGGGUCAGUAGGCGCGCGGCUGAGAUUUGGCGCGAGGGGGCGUCCGGUUGCAGGGGUGGCGCCGGGGGACCCCGUAGCCUGUGUGAUGCGCGAGCCUCUCACAGUCGGCUCUGGUACGUUUGGAUUCUGACUUGUUCUUCUAUCAUAUACCCAUAUAUCAAUACCGGAGGACCAUGCCGCUCCUAAGAAAUAGCUUGCUGUCUUCAAAUGAUAGCAUUGUGAGUGAUAUUGCAGGUCUCCAUGAAAUGACUUUUUCUAAUGAAAUCACACCUGCUGAAAAAAGUUCAACAAGCCUGAUUGAGAAGACUGGCUAUCAGGACUCUGUCUACCUAAAUGCAGCCAACAUUUUUCAAAGUAUUCAUAAGGAAAAGCCUCAAGAUAGGUUACUGGUAAAAUAUGGCAAUGGACCUUUCCCACUGGCAACAGAUUUCAAAGAUGAGCGAUCCCAGCGUUUGUCCUAUGAACUGGCUUUCAGUGCUCUAAAAUAUCAAGAUGUUCUUGAAAAUAUAUUGAUUGACAGUGGCAUUUAUCCAAUACAGUCUUUGCCAGAUGAAUUGACAAGUUUAGUUGUUGUGAUGUUAUAUGAUCUUCAAGAUCGGAAAUUUGAAGUACGCCAGAAUGUUGUUGAUGAUGAUGCACCAAUAGCAGAGGUCCAAGAAGUUGAGCAUUACCUGUACAGUUUUAAAACCAAACUGGCUGCGGCGUUAGCAAGGUGUCGAAUCAAGCACGACGCCCUUUCCAUAGAAUGCAUUCUGCCAGAAACUAUACGGAAGCAAGAGCAAAGGGCAUCUGCAUUGCCCUUGUUUGCAUGGGUGAAUACACUUAAAGUAAGCCUAGAAGAAGUUCACAGUGCUUUACAGAAGGAAGGAUUCACAAGAGUGAAGUCUGUGUCAAAAUUUGAUGGCUUUACUUAUUGCCUGGAUACACACUGUGAAGAUUUACUCAUCUUCCCUUCUGCUAUUAAAGAACAGCUGCUUACUUUGGAACUAUUUGUUCAUUACAAGCUCUUACUACAGGACAAGUCCCGGAGCCUUGCUGUGCAUUCUGUGAAGUCUUUAUUGAAUAUGGAUGAUGAUAUAUUAAUAGCACAUGUCGGUUCAGGGCUGACUGCGGCCCAUAUGUCAGUACUAACAAAUCAAGAGACAUCCAAAGUAUUUGUCUGCGGAGUCAAAUCAGUGAAAAAGGAAGCAGAGCUCAAAAAUUUGUUCACACAGAUGGAAUGUAAAAAUAUUGAACUAUUGCUCCACGAUUUUACAAGCAUUGGACUAACGGAUCAUAAACUGCAGAAAGUUAAAGUUAUUUUGUUGCUGCCUCGUUGUUCAGGCCUGGGUGUUAGCAAUCCAAUAGAAUUUAUUCUAAAUGAACACGAAGAUGCUGAAUUACUUAGAGAUCUCUCCCAAGGGUCUGUAGCGGAAGAUAAGCUCAAUGUCCUUGCUGAACAGCAGUUUAAAGAAUUAACACAUGCAAUGCAGUUUAGCAAAGUGCAAGCUGUUGUCUACUGUACCUGUUCCAUUUACCCAGAAGAAAAUGAAGCUGUGGUGAACAAGGCACUAACAUCUGGAGUAGGAGGAGGGAAGGCCCAACCAUACAAGCUUUGCCCACCUGUCCUUCCUUUGUGCUGCAAAUCAGAAAUAAGCACUUCUGCUGAGAAUUUUUUCAAACUGGAGCUGUCAGAUAUUUCCAACUGCUGUUUUAUUGCUGUUUUGGCCCGAGAGAGGGAUCCAUCUGAAACGGUGUCAGUAAAAGAUGUGUUAGCUCGUGCUGCAGCAAAAGGACUACUGGACGGUAUUGAUUUAGCAAAACCAUCUAAGAGAGAGGAGAAGAAGAAAAAGAAACAAAAAGUAACUCCAACAAAAACUGUUAGCAAGGAAGCAGCAAUACAGUCUAGAAUUCAGGCGUUCUUGGAUCGAGAAAUGAAACCCAACAAGACUGACUCUUCAGUAUCUAACGUAACGGCUAGCACCUCUGAGAAAACCAUAAACCAGGCAGAUGAUUCCACACAGCUGAAGAAAGUAGCCAAACCUCUCUCAAACCCAUCCUUGCCUGCGAUGUUGAAGAACACUCCCCUUUCCUCAUCUGCACAAAAAGUGUUUGAGAGGCAACGAGCUGCUAGGAAACCAAAGUCAGAAGACAAACUGAUGGUCUUGAAGCCUGUUGAGAUCGUCUUGCCUCCGGUAAUGAUGCCAUACUUCAACCCACAAGGGAACAGAUCCCAGAUUUCCUCUAAUCAUUAUUAUUAUCACUGGGCUGGAACAAAAAGUGGACUAUAUGGCUUGCUUAGCCCUUCUUCUUCCAAAAAACUGAUGAAGUCAAAAGAACCCUCGUCAUCAUCUUCUACAGCCAAGCAGGCUCGUCAAUGGCUUUGAAGACUGCCUUUUGGGAACUGCUGCUUAUUUAUCAUAAUUCAUUCAGAAUUUGAAGCUUGUAUUCCUCUAGUGGGUUCUUUAAAAAAAAAACCCUCCAAGCCCUUCUGUAUACGAUUCACUUGGGCACCAAGUGUACAUCUUUGUAGGAACCAGUCUGCUUUUAGAAGGCGGAAAAAAAUGCAUCCCUUCCCCGUGACUAUUAUGAAGAUAGCAGAAGGGCUGUUCUGCAGAAAGGCUUUCAUGAUGGAAUCUAGUUUAAGUGAACUUUGAAGGUCAAAAUACAUACUUCUGAUCUUCACCCCCAGGUUAUGCAUGUCCAUUAGAGAUAAACUGAAAACUGUUUGUGUGGGCACUAGUCAGCUUAGAAGGAAGCAGAGGCAGGUCUUGUCUGAGAGUACUUAAAAGAACUGAACGUUAAGGCUAGGUGCUAAAAUUUUAAAGAUAAAGCAGGGCUUCUAUAAAUAGUGGUAGAUUUGCAGCGCUUAUUCACUGGUAGCCUCGAGGAAGAGUGAUCUUUCAAAAUUUCUGCCUGUUUUAAUAAUUUGCUCUUAAAUCUUCUCUCCCCAAAGGGCAGAUACUUUUGAAGGGGGAAAAAAAGAGCUAAAGAAGUCUGUACAAGAACAGUUUCUGGGCUUCUUUGUAUGGCAGCAUAAUUACUGGAUGGUUUCACUCUGCUAGUAAGUCAGCCUGAAUCUUCAGUUUAUUAUGCAGCAUAUUUCAAUGGAAACCGAACCUAUUAAAAUUCCUGGUUGAAGUCUAUCUUGCAUGGUUAUCUUAGUCGUCUGAGACCUAAGGCACAGUCUAAAGGCAUGCCGGACAGUCACUUAGCUGAAGCUGAGCAGUUUUGUGUCUGGUCAGGGCCACAGUCUCUCCUAUAUACCCCAUUUCAAAUUAUUAUCUGGCAAUGAUAACAAUGAAGGAAUAAUGAUCCAUUAAUGUUUGAUUUUUAAAAAUGCAGUAGCCAACAGAAAGUGACUACCUAUCUGAGAGAAGUGUUUAUGACAAUAGUUGCUUUUUUGAAGGCUCAAUUUAAACAUGAUGCUGGAAGCAAGAACUUACUUGUGUGAUGCCCAGCGUCUCAUUGGGAUCUGUAUCAGCAUUCCAGAACAAUGCCUGCCCUUCUACCCAGAUGUUUGAAGGGCUAACAUGGCAGAGUUUAGGGCCCAAUUUAAAUGAGGUCAUGCAACAGUAACCUCUUCUGUUUCCUGUCACUUUUUGGGGGGAAGGGGGGACUAGCUUCUUGAGUGCAUAACUGUUUCCCAAGUUGCUCUGCGAGGAAACUACCCCAACAAAUGAGACAAGCGCUUAAUGCAGCUAAAUUUAUUCUUGCAACAGAGUACAUUUAAAUGUGUAAAAAGUGAACAAUGUUGAGGGGGGGGGGGGAAGUUCUGUCCUUUGUUUUAAAACCAUCUACUUCACAUAAUACUGAAAGCUCCUGCUGAUAAACUUGAGGGGGGGGCGGGUUGCGUCUUUCCCCUUUUUGUAUCUUCAUAUAGCAAAAGUAAAUCAAACUAGCUUUUGCUCACUUAACCUGUGUCUUAUUUAAAAUUCAUCAAAACUCUAUGGGCUGAGCUGCUGUGAGCUCAUGAAAUGAAAGCGGCACCCCCACCCCCCCAGUGCACACACCCACACUCGAUCUAACAUGUUGAUACCCAUGUUGCUUUGCUUUUGGAAUUUGAAAAAAAAAAUAAAGACAUUCUUGAAACUCA